AUGGACGCCUCUAGAGCCUGCAGUCCCGUCUCCACUCACGUCCUGAACACGUGUGAUGGCCUCCCUGCAGCCCGUAUGGCCCUCAGCCUUCACAAGGUCAACACAAACAUGAUGAUCUGGAAUCUCAUCUCUAUUGGGAGCACUGAUGACAAUGGCCGGUGUGCAGGGCUGGUCAGUAAGGAAGCCUUCUCUCCAGGCAUGUAUAAGCUGCGCUUCGAGGCCGGGCAGUACUGGGAGAGCCUGGGACAGAACAGCCUCUACCCAUAUAUUGAGGUGGUCUUCACAGUAACAGACCCAGAGCAGCAUCUCCAUCUACCCCUGCUGCUGACGCGAUCCUCCUACUCCACAUACAGGGGGCAGUAG